AUGAGGCCGCUGAACGACCUUCACUUACUCUUGGCGUCGGCCCCUGCAUCUUCGUCAUCCUCAGUUUCCCCUUCGUCUUCAGGGGGGAAAGAAGACGUCUCGUCUGCCACUGCCAGCGCCCCGGCAAGCAGCGCGCACGCAUGCAGCCGCCGCAAUGGUGUACCACGCCACUCCGCUGAAGAGCAUCCUUGGCACCACCCCAGUGUUGGCCGCCAGCAUCGUCUCCGAGAUCGGAUCAAGCAGUAUGAGGGCGACCUCGCCGCGCUGCGCAAGGAGGUGGCGUCGCUGUCCAAGGAGCUGCAGGCGGGCCGGCGGCAGUCCGCGUCGGUGCAGACCGACUUUGAGGGCCUCGCCUCGCAGCGGUCCGUCAGCAAAGAGAAGGAGCAGUACCUGUCGGGGCGGGGGCUGUGGCGGGAACGAUGA